UUAAUCACAGAAGGCCUGCAGUUUCCCAAUCCGGUUGUCAACAGUCUUUUCGGAAUACCCAUUCCCAUUGAUGGGGAGGAGGACAGUGCCUCUGGAGCAAGUGUGGUUGCCAUUGAUAAUAAAAUAGAGCAAGCAAUGGAUUUAGUGAAAAGCCAUCUGAUGUAUGCUGUGCGGGAGGAGGUGGAGGUGUUGAAGGAGCAAAUCAAGGAGCUCUACGAGAGAAACUCUGUGCUGGAGCGAGAGAACGCAGUGCUCAAAUCUCUGGCCAACAGUGAGCAGCUCUCUCAGCUCACCGUCCAAUCCAACUCCAACCCGGACCAAGCUCAGCCCCAACCUCAGCCUUACCUUCAGCUGGACGUCAACGAGACCAUGGACUCCUUGCCACGAGAACCACAGCCCAGCGUCACCUCCGCCUGAAGCCUGUGCGAACGACGCAUGUAUCAUCACAACAGCAGAAAACCCAUCUCACUCGCAUGCUGUCCGCCAUCGCGACGGAUGACCGAAACGAGAGGCGGUUUCUGCUCGGCCGCAACAUGCUGGCAUUCCUGCGGACUCGAUUGGGGUCCCGUUUGGCCCCUUCCCCCCGGACGAGGUGGAGAGUUUGUGAAGAGAGUUAUUUUUUUAAUAAAGAGAAUCCAGCCAUGAAAAGAGUGUAUUUUUUAGCAUUGCAGUUUUCAUGUGAGAAGCCAAGAGUCUAUUUUCAGAGCCACCGCACUUCAUGUGAUUUCGAUUCACCAGUCAGUUCAAUUGUACUGUUUGUUAUUUAUUAUAGGGCUGCUAUUUUCAGAGAGGAACAAUGUCUACAGAACCUUUCAAUCCGACAGCAACUGGUCAUCAAAUCGAGCAGCAGUCUUGCUAUAUCAAUCAUCAAUGCAAGCGUAGCAGUGGGUGGCGUGUAAACACUAACAGCGACGUUCCUCUGUGGAUUAAGAAUGUGAACCUGGUGUGAAUGUACAUUUUGUAUAGUGUAAAGAUAAAGAGCGUAACAAGUUUGUACAGGUUUGUGGGCGAAGAUCUAAACGGAAUCCUCAAUGAUGAAGAAAGCUUCAGUUCGGUUGCUAGUAGUAUGUUGGAAAAAGAAGUCAGUUGCCAUAUCGUCCUGCCCGCUCCCCUGACGUCUCGUAUGUUUCUGGGGUCGGGAAGGGGAUUUAAAAGAAAGAAAAAAACUGUGAAGUUGUUCAACCUACUUUGUAACCAAAGAUGCAAAGAUGUGUAAUUCAUUCAUUUUUUUUUUUUCUUCGUUAUGCACACUCCAUGUACAUUUUUUUUUUUUUUUUAAAUUGUUCCUCACAACAAACUUUUUGUUGCUUUUAGGCAUGUUCUGCAUGAUCUGCAAAAGUCAAACCACUUUCUUACCUCAUUUGUAUUGGGCACUCGUAUUGUAAGUAGUCUGUGAAUCGUGUCAGCGGGGGAAGGAGAUAUGGAGGUGAUGGUGAGGAGAUAAAACAGACUAGUGUGUGACGCACUAGCCACAGAAAAUGAAGUGAGCCAUGUUUCAUUCAUUUAAAUGGUGUUUGAAUUUCAUAUGCCAAUAGUUUUGUUACAUUGCAAAUUUUAAUGUAUUUAAAUAAAUGCAAUAUUCAAAUUACAAAA